AUGAGCAAGGAAAAAGAAAGAGAAAUUAUUGAACGAUUUACUGAAAAUCUCAAUAAAAAGGCUAAAGUCAACGAGUUAGCGGUAAUUGGACGAGAGGGGGAAAUUAAACAACUAAUUUAUAUUUUGUCGCGAAUGAUGAAAAAUAACCCCUUGUUGAUUGGUCAUCCAGGGGUCGGAAAAACCGCCUUAGUAGAAGGAUUAGUCCAGAGAAUCAAACAGGAACGGGUGCCAGAUUAUUUGAAGGGAAAGAUUGUUUACCAACUUGACAUGAUGUCCUUAAUGGCUGGAACCAAGUUUCAAGGCGAAUUAGAGGAGAGGUUGAAAGUCAUUCUUAACUUCAUGGCUCAGCCAGAAAAUAACGCUAUUCUCUUUAUUGAUGAAAUCCAUUUAAUUGUGGGGGCUGGUCGUAGCCAAGGAGCCUUAGACGUCUCUAACCUCUUAAAACCAAUGCUUUCGCGAGGAGAAAUUCAAUGUAUUGGCGCAACCACUCGGGAAGAAUAUCGUCAAUACAUUGAAAAAGACGGAGCAUUGGUGCGUCGCUUUAGCAAUAUCCUAGUCCCAGAGCCCAGCCGAGAGGACACUUUAAGAAUUCUGCAUGGUAUUCGCAAUUAUUUCGAGAUUUAUUAUGAAUUGAAAAUUUAUGAUGAAGCCUUGCUAGCGGCCGUUAAUUUUUCGCAACGCUAUCUCACCGCUACCUACUUGCCAGAUAAGGCAAUUGAUUUGUUAGACGAGACCUGUGGCCGAGAAAAAAUUGAAAAAUUAGAAGAAGAGGCCAGUCAUAAUGUAUUGAGAAAAUAUUUUAUAAACCGAGAAGAUGUUGCUUUGACUAUUACUCAGAAGUAUGAUUUACCCGUGGGAAAAGUUUUGGCCGAUGAGCAGCAAAAACUUCUUUUUCUUCCGGCUAUUCUUCAACAGAGAGUAAAAGGUCAGGGUGCAGCUCUACGAGCAGUUAGUGAUGCUAUUUUUCGGGCUCGGGCGGGAAUUCAGGACCCACAUCGCCCUUUGGCGUCAUUUUUGUUUGUCGGGCCAACUGGAGUAGGUAAAACUGAAGUGGCUUUAACCAUUGCCGAGCAACUUUUUGACCAAAAAAAAAAUCUUAUUCGUCUCGAUAUGACAGAGUUUUCUGAACCGCACUCAAUUAGUAAGUUAAUUGGCUCUCCGCCUGGUUAUAUCGGAUUUGAAGAACGACCACGGCUAGAAAUUAUUCGAGAGAAAAUGAAUAGCGUAGUGCUUUUUGACGAAAUUGAAAAAUCCCAUCCCGAAGUUAUUAAUAUCCUUCUCCAGAUACUCGAUAACGGUUUCCUCACCCUGGCCAAUGGUCGAGAAGUAAAUUUUCGCAAUACCAUUAUCGUUUUGACUACUAAUCUAGGUUCAGAGUUGUAUUUUGAGAAAAGGAAAAUGGAAGAAAUAAAGAAAGAUUUGGAAUUCGAGUUAAAAAGUCAUUUUCGUCCUGAAUUUCUCAACCGUCUUGAUGAAAUAGUUUUCUUUAAUUCUUUAAGCAAAGAAGUUAUUAGAGAAAUUAUUAUUAAAGAAUUAGAAUUAUUUAUUCAGCGUACCUUUCAGGAGAAAAACAUUAAAUUGAGAUACAAUGAGGAAGUGGUGGAAAAAAUUUUGAACGAGGCUUAUUCGAUUGAAUACGGUGCUCGUCCAAUUAAGCAUUAUAUCGAAAAAAAAAUUGGCACCUUGGUGGCCCGACAGGUAGUUUCGCAGUUGUUGGUAAGUGGUGGAAAUUAUCUUCUUAAUUUAGAGCAGGGUACUCAGGAAAUUAAGAUAACUCCUCUUCGUUCCUUGGAAACAGGAAAAAAUUUAUUAAAUAAUUUUAAAGAACGUCCUGUUCAAGAGACCUCUGAGAAAAAGAGUUCAGAAAAUGAAAUUCCAGAAAAAGUAAGCAAACUUGAAGAAGAAAUUAAGAGUUUAAAAGAUGAUAAAUUGCGGCUGGCAGCCGAAAUAGAAAAUGAAAGAAAAAGUUUUCGGCGACAAAUGGAACAAAUGUAUAAAUAUGGUAAUAAAAAACUAGUUAGUUGUGUUCUUGAUUUUUUUGUUGAUCUAGAAGAAAAAGCCUUAAAAGCCAUGCGGGCUGACCCCGAAGGCAAAAUUAAAAACCACUUGUUGGGAAUUGAAAUGAUGCGGAACAUCUUGUGA